GCGUUCUUUGCGAUGACUUCAUCCCUGGUGUGGGAUGACGUCAAAUUCAAGAUGGAUGGAAUCACGACCAGCGCGAACAAAUCUACACAACACUGAACAAAGUCCGGGCUCUGCGGAGGACACACGACGGCCACGCCAUGGAGAGCCUCGUGCAUUACAGUAAUCCCUCCCAUGCCCUGUCGGUGUUGGGGGCCCUGAACGAGCAGCGUCUGCGGGGCCAGAUGUGCGACGUAACCCUGGUUGUGGCGGACCAGAAAUAUCAGGCCCAUAAGAGUGUCCUGGCUGCCAGCAGCGAGUAUUUCCAGUCCCUGUUCACACGGAUGGACUCGGAGUCGCUCAAAGUCGUCAAUCUGGACUUCUGUGAGCCGGACGCCUUCGAGAUAGUCCUGAAUUACAUUUACUCCUCCUCGCUGUUUGUCGACAAAGGCAGCCUGGCGGCAAUCCAGGAGCUGGGCUACAGCCUAGGAAUCCCCUUCCUCACCAACAUCGUCUCAGCGCGGCCUCAUGCAUCCUACUGCGUGUCCAGAAAACGGCUUUCAUUCUCAGAGGGCGACGAGAACGACGUCCAGACAAGGAGCGUCAUUGUGCGCAGGGUUAGGAAUGACACAACCCUCCCCUCUCGCUCAAGUCAUCUGAGAAAAACAUCGGAGAGGUCAGCGUCUCCCCACUCUGUCAGAGAGUCGACUCAGCCUCCGUCAGGACAAAACUCAUAUGAGUCAAUGGUGAACUCUGAGUCCAUCACCACCAAGUCAUCAGAGCAGAAUGUCGUCUCCGAGAGGAAGUCCACCUAUCCAUACACCUCCAUAUUGAAAGGGAAUUCAUCGCACAUGGCGUCUGUCCGGCCUCAGCUGACCACGUCUGUGUCGUUCAGUGACGCCGAGGUUCAACACAUCAGGGUUCAGCCGGACGCAGAGCAGGACGUCAAAGAGGAGAACGAGGAGCGGGAGCCUCGCUAUCAGACCAAAGCGCCCUAUCAGGGUCAGACACGAGAGCAAAGCCAGACCAUCGACAGGAGCGGACCGCUCAUCAAAAGCCUCCUCCGAAGAUCCCUAUCAAUGGACAGUCCUGUUCCUGUCUUCUCGCCCACAUUGGAGCUUAAGGAGCUCCAAAACCGUGAACAGUCUGUUGUUAAAAUGGCAUCGAAGGCGUCGGGGCCAGAAACGCCUGUUCACAACGGCAGCUCAAAACGAACGUCUCCUCUGGUUCUCAGGUCAAGGUUCCCCAGCAGGUAUGAAAAGGAAACUCAGGCAGAACGGGAGGUGAGCGUGAAAGCCGAGCCCAGCAGUCCACUCGCCGACCCCAUGGAGAUUAUUCGCAUCACGGUCGGAGACACUUUGCCCGUUAGCCUCAAAGACUUGCAAGCAAAUUAUGAACAAGGUGCCCGGCCUGACUUCAGUCCUCUCGGAAAAAGAAAGGACAGGCCAGAUAACAGACGGUACCCGUUUAAGAAGAGUAAAAUAUUUAAAGAGCACAGUCUCCGACCUGAUGAGAACGAGUCCGAAUCAGUACCUCAAAGUGCCAGGACUGAACCUAAUGAGAACAGUGAGGAGCCACCUCAGAACAAAAUCUUUAAAUGCUGGAACUGUUUGAAGGUCUUCAGGUCCAGUGCUGGCCUACAUCGCCAUGUUAACAUGUAUCACAACCCUGAAAAGCCGUACGCUUGUGACAUCUGCCACAAGCGUUUCCAUACCAACUUCAAAGUAUGGACUCACUGUCAGACGCAGCACGGCGUCGUACAAAACCCUGCCUCUUCCAGCUCCUCUGUGCUGGACGAGAAGUUUCAGAAGAAGUUAAUAGACAUUGUACGGGAGAGGGAGAUAAAGAAAGCUUUGCUGUGGAAGUUGAAGAGGAAUAAACAGGGUUUGCAGUCAUCUACGCUCACCAAGAAGAGAUCGAGGCCCAACUUCAUUUGUCCUUAUUGUGGGAAAGUAUUUGUGUUCCAGUCUCAGUACCGACAGCAUUUACGGACACAUCCUACUGAAAAAAACGACCAGGACACGGCAAGGGAGAACAUUUAUCAGGAACAAGAUGAGGUUGUCGAGGAGAAAAGCAGUGACACCGGGGUUUACUCCUGUAGACUCUGUAACAUGAAACUGUCCUCGCUGUUUGAACAAGGCGACCAUGAGCGAGGCUGUCGACACGCCACCGUAUGUCCGUACUGCGGCCUUCGAUUCUCCAGCCCAGCCGUCAAGAAAGACCACGAGGCGCACUGCAAAUACAAGAAACUGACGUGCCUGGAAUGCAUGCGAACCUUCAAGUCCUCCUUCAGCAUAUGGCGCCACCAGGUGGAGGUGCACAACCACAACAUGAUGACUGUUAAAGACCAGCUUCACCUAAAGCAGCUGGAGAACAACGAGGAGGUGUCGGAAAUGCUCAGGGAGGAGCAUUACAGCGACGAGCCUCUGGCCACGGGCAGCACAAGAGAGAACAUAAGUUACAGUGAUUCCUCAGGUCCGGCCAUGUACGACUCGGAAGACUCCUCCUCAUAUGUGCCUGAGGACUUGAGCAUGGGCCAUCAAGGCAAACUGGUGGUGAAAGAGGAGCCGGUAGAGGAGGCCGUGAGCGAGAGGGACAACACAGAUGCUGCCAAAGCCGGGUCGGAGGAGGCCGGAGUCUGGCCAUGUGAGAAGUGUGGAAAUCUCUUCAGCUCUCGCAAAGACCUAGAACGCCACCAGGAGCUGCUGUGUCACAUCAAACCCUUCAUCUGUCACAUCUGCAACAAAGCCUUCAGGACCAACUUCCGCCUUUGGAGCCACUUCCAGUCCCACAUGUCGACCGCUGGCGAACCCGGAGCCAAAGAGAUAGACCGACACCCCUCCCCUCUGUCCCCGUCCCCUCCCAUGACCCCUCAGAACUCUGAAAGGCCUCCUCCCCCCCAGGCCUCGGUGCUCAAAUCCACCCAGCCGGUGCCAGUCGCUGCAGCCAUCAUCGCCGAGGAGUCCAGCAGCCCGGAGCCAUGUGGAUCAUCAGUAACCAAGGCCAGGAGGGCGGAGGCGGAGCAGCAGCAGCAGCAGCAGCAGCAGCCCAGCAGUCGCAGCCCCCUGUCCAGGUCCAACAGCAUGGAGAACCCCAGUGGUCCUCAGGAACCGGACACGCUGUUCUACCACGCGCCGUCGCUGUCCGCCCUGACGUUCAAGAGGCAGUACAUGUGCAAACUCUGCCACCGGACCUUCAAGACGGCGUUCAGCCUCUGGAGCCACGAGCAGAGUCACAGCCACAUGUGAACGUCUACGAGAAUCAUACACCUCAGCCGACAAAGGAACACUCUGAAUGUAUAUCUUAUUAGCUUGCCUCCAAUGUCCUAUAUUGAAGUGGCCAUGUUCUUUAAUUAAAGGUGUAAAAAAAAAAAAACAAGUGAAUGUGCAAUCAAGUGCUAGGUUUCUCCGUUCGACAUAAUUAUAAAUUGUUUAUUUUUCUUCCAAAUUUGGCUCUAAGCAUUUAUCUAUUUGGAAGCUCUUUCAGUUGUCUAAUCGUAUUUAUCUCUGUAGGUGUUUUUCACAAAAACAAAACGGAACAGUCUGAUAGUCCGGUUUUGUUUUGUUUUUUCCAGAUUUAAAAAAAAAAAAGUUCAAUCCUGUACAUUAUUUCCUCAGAGUAUAGAAAACGUGCUUUAAAUUUUCGGAGGCUGCAGCUGAUUUCCAGAUUGGUGAAGUGCUUUUUGUAUCAGAGUUAUCUCUUCGUUGUGAACAAAAUCACACGGACUAAUAUCGGUGGCCUCAAAAAUGUAUUCAAUAUGCACUUUGUUGGACAGUUGAAUCCUGUUACAGAGAUUAAGUCCAAAGUUUUUCGCUUGGAUUAUUUAGUUUAGCAGAGGUUUGAGGUGAAACAAAUCAAGUUGCCCUUUACUUUGCAUUCCUAUAGAUUUUUAUUUUUGUGUCUUUCAUGUUAGUUUUAUUUUGCCUUUGCGGUUGUUUAGUUUGAGCUGAUCCAGUCUAAUGAAAAAAGUUGCAACACAUUACACAUCAUACACACCUUGUUUGUUUUACUGUAUUUGGAUUUGCCUGGAAAAGUGGAGGCAAAAUAUGUCACCAAAACCAGAUUUAUGUUAAGAGGACAAACAGAAUUUAUGUAUUUCUGACUAUUUAAACCCUUGUUUACUGCUUAUAGCUCUUAUUCAGGAAUUACAGUUUAUGUUUUCAUUUAUGUUUCUGGUGAUUCUUUCAUGUAUGUACAUAUAUAAAUUACAUAUAUAUAAAUGAAUCACAGAAAGCAAUCAUUUUUUUGAGAAAUUUCCUGUUUUUACCCUCAGAAUAACUACAAAUGUACAUGCAUGAUGCUGGAAUCCUAAAAUAAAUGAGCUCGUGGAAAUUAAUCUAAAAGAUUUAUCCUGGGUUUUAGGUUAAUCAGCACAAAAUCGCCCAGCAGGAAAUAUUUAAAAAAGUGUCACAAUUUCAGUUGACCCAUCGCAGUAAAACGCCCAUUUUAAUAAAUAUUUAUUCGCUGAGACACUUUUGUCAGUUCACCACAGUAGGUAAGCUUUACGCUGCUUUAAUGGCCUUAUGCAACUUUAAAAAUACGUCGACAAUAUUAUUUUACAUUAAAGCACAAAGGAGUUUCCGAUGACUUUCGACUCAGGCAUUUACAGGAGGUGAAGGCGAGUGGAACCUUCUCACAACCUUCGAUUAGCAGACGGUGACGGAGCUUUCCUGCUUCCUGGAGAUUUAAUAUUAAAGAUUGUGUUUUGAUUGUAUUCCAGUUGUUAAACAUUUGUAUUCUUGUACGAGUAUACUGUAUACUUCUGCUUUGGCUUGAUGGAGUAGAAAUUGAUACGAAGAGGUGUUUUUUUUUUGUUAUAAAUUAUUACUGCUACUAUUUGGGAGAUUUCAAAGAGUGCUCCACACGACAGGAAUGACUUUUAAUAAGAAAUGCGAGCUGCAUUGUGAUGUUGAAUUCAGAAAUUCUGUAUUGAUAAUAGUGCUCUUAUUUUCUUGUGAUAAAGCCUUGAUCAGAGUUUCACAGAAAUAAUUAGAAUUGUGUAUAUGGAAGUGUUUGUAUUCUCGAUUUUGUACCGAUUUUGUUAGUAAAAAGAAGUUUAUCUUUUUAGUAUUACUGUGCUCUCACUGCAAUAAUAAAUAUUUGUAUUAGCAUUGGUUGCAUUAUUGUUGCUUUUGGAGAUUUGCAGCUGUUUUGUGUUUAGACUUUUCUACAGUUUUGUGCUUCUUUUCUGUAAUAAAGAGUAACAAUGGAGUAUAUAUACA